AUGGCGGAUCCAAACUCGCAUCAGCUGAAUCAACAACAGCACUAUCUAACUAGACAACAAAGAGGACUGCCUCAACACCAACUUGUAGGCAGUCCAGGUAUUCAGCAUCUAAUAAUAGAUCCGCAAACGCAACAACAGCAAGUACAAGAAAUACGACACGGCGAUCACGAUUUCAAAGUUCAUCAACUACCUCUUGCCAGAAUCAAGAAGGUAAUGAAAACCGAUGAGGAGGUCAAGAUGAUCAGCGCGGAAGCUCCGAUCUUGUUUGCCAAAGGAUGCGACAUCUUUAUAACAGAAUUAACAAUGAGGGCAUGGUUUCAUGCUGAGGAAUGCAAGAGAAGAACAUUACAAAGAUCAGAUAUUGCAAAUGCUAUUAAAAAGAUAGAUAUGUUUGACUUUUUGAUAGACAUUGUACCAAGGGAAGAAAAGGUUAACGUUAAGACAGAAAAGAUGGAAUAUCAAGAUCAAAAUCCCUAUGGGUUUGGAAUGGGAAUGUCCCAGGGUGGAACACAAUUCGAUACUUCAUCUAGCAUUCCUGUUGAGCAAAAAAUGAUGGUUGACCCUAUAAAUACGCAGUUACACGAACCACAGCAUUUACAGCACGUACAAUACGUUCAUAGAAUGGAAUCCCAGCUUUUGCAUGACCACCCGGAGCAACAAAAUAAUCAUAAUCAUCAGCAAUUACCUCCUCCAUUCAGUUUACCACCACUUAAUCCCGUUGCAGGUCAACAGACACCGUCAUCAUAUAGAAAUACCAACCGACCGCCAUAUGCCGAGAUGAAUGCGGGUACUCCAGUUAGACAAACUACGACAGAACAAACUUAUCAGCAACAGCCUUCUUACUAUAAUCAACCACAUUUUCAACAUCCUUCAACAAAUCAACAGCAUCUAGAUCAUAUGCAACAACGCCAAUCGGAUAAUCAUUCUAUACAAGUCAAAUAUGAAUAUGAACCUCCAACUUCAAGACCAGUUGAAUGGUAUUCGCAACCUGCACAACAGCAUGUACAGGAAAGUUCUCACAUUAGUGGUCAACAAUCGUCGUCAUCACCAUCACACGAAGGUGACAGCAUGCAGUUUACGCGUCACGACGAGGGUUUUGGAAGGGUUGGCAGUCAACGCAACUAG